CUCUCUCUCUCUCUCUCUCGGACUCUGUGUAUAUAUAUACACAUAUCUCUUGGCCAUAACCACAUGAAGUUAAGCAACACAUUCAUCAGCCAUACCAAGAUUUGUGAGCUGUGAGUGUGAGUGAGUGAGAUCAGAUGGCAAUUAUUCAUGCUAAGUACAUGAAUAUUAGAAGAAGCUUGGGCAUGGCAAUAUUGGUUAUGGUUGCCACAACCCUAAUGCGUGGGAACCAUAUUCAGGUGUCAGCACAAUCAUGCGGAGCAAGUAUUCCAAUCCUUGUAGCUGAAUGCUCUGAUUUUGUUGGGAAAAAUGGGCCAGAAGUUCCACCAUCGCAGGAUUGUUGCGUAGCGCUGAGGGGAGUUGACUUUCCAUGCAUGUGUAAACGUUAUGCUCAGCAAAUCGAGAACCUUGUCAGCAUGGAGAAGCUGGUCUUCGUUGUUCAAACUUGUGGAUUAACAGUUCCGCAUGGACUGCAAUGUGGAAGCUCUACAGUUCCCAAGGCGUGAUUGCAUGAGCUUGAAGUCGGGGGAAUAUGAAUGGCUACAGGCU